CCGUUAACCCUCAAUAGAAGCGCUAGACUCAUGUAUGAAGACAUCGCCAAGCUCAAUCCCUUCUAUGAAGUGUAUGAGAACUUCUGGAACGCAGAUUCCGAAGAAUCGUCUCUGACCUUCUCCUCGCGUGGUUCAAGUGAUUCAGCAAGGUCACCUUCUCUGGCAUCGAUCACCUCGAGUCAGGAUUCCUUCCGCCCUCUCGAAGUAUCCUCUUCUCCUUCAAUCCGUCACUUUCGAUCACACCUCGACCUCGAUGAGACAAAGAAGCUCCAGGUCUUCUUCCACGAGGGAAGCGAGCAUCAACCGACGUACGCGGAAUACGACGGGCAGAGCAGCCAAUUUGCUGCUUUGGAUUAUACUGACAACGAUAAGCGGCCACUAUCACCCAUCGAAGAGCCAGAGGGCGACACCGAUUCCGACGAGCUCGAAUCGGAUCUCCGCCCAAAAGUCCAUCCAUCGAAGUACCCCCAUAAGAAACUCUUCGGGCAAGAUGGUUGGCUCGGAUGCUCGACAGAUGUGCACGCGUUGCCAUCAGAGAAGCGGACUUCCAUGGUCUUCAAGGGAAUCGGCAAGAAGAUCAAGAAGCAAGUAGGUGAAAUCGCCGACGAUAUGGCAAAAGCCUACCCAAACCGUUUCAGUUCUGCAGCUCUCCGCCGUUCAAAAUCGUCUCUGAAUCUGGCUGCCCGUGUCUCCUUGGAUCCUGCAACACAGUCCAAAUUGUACUCCGACCUGGAGGUCAUGAUUUGUCUCAGCGCCAACGACUUCCUGAUCCAGCAACACGGCGAAGGCCGUCUCUCGGUCGAGUCGAUCAAGAAGAUCAACAGCUUCUGGGGAUCCAAGAACCGGCCGCAGGUUGUAGAGUUCCACUUUGACCAGGCAACUCAGCGUCGACUAAUAAACGACAACCUUCGAACUCUGCAGUUCAACGGAGAAUGCUCAACAAACCCUAUUCGCCUCGUCACAAAUAUGAACAAUUGGAAAGCCCUCGCCAAGGACAUGAGCGUCCGCACCUUUUGCGUUCCCGACAGCGCUAUUCGGAAACAUUUGCACGACAUCCACGAGAUUCUCGAUAUGCUCAAUGCUCCACGCGAGAUUUUCCUGGACUUUGAAGAGCUCCAGGUGCGCACAUUAUCGUUGAUGAAAGACCAGAGUUAUCGG